AAUGUUUUGGGGCACACUUAGCCGCGCAGGGUUCAUUCGACACCGGUCAACACACAGUUGACUGGUUUGAUGUUUGUCUAAUUCGCGACACAAGACGAGACCAAGUCCAGUGUUGGUCGACCGUCGUCACGCUGAAGACUCCUCUGCUGUCGAGCUUGCGACGCCGUGACUACGAUGGCGAGGCGGUUGACCCUGACGUUGCUCCGCUGCCAGCUCUCCAGACUAAAGAGUUUGCCCGGGUCCGCGGUGGCUCCAGGUCCUGCUCGGCUUCUCUCCAGCGAGCCCCCGGGGGAGGACGUCAGUCGUUACCCGGUGCCGGACAAGAAGGACCUGCCCGCUGACAUCGUGGAGGUCAUGGAGGAGGUGGAGGAGAAGGGAGGCUUUUUACCCAACGUCUUCAAAGCCCUCUCUCACCGACCCGCCGAGUUCAGAGCUUUCUUUGGCUACUACAACGAAUUGAUGAACAAAGAGACAGGCAGAUUAACUAAAGCUGACCGUGAGCUGAUUGUCGUGGCCACCAGUGCCCACAACAGCUGUCUCUACUGUGUGGUGGCCCAUGGUGCACUGCAUCGCAUCUAUUCGAAGAAACCCAACCUCGCAGACCAGGUUGUUGUUAACUACAAGAAUGCAGAUCUGGGACCUCGGGAGCGAGCGAUCGUGGACUUUGCCAUGGCGGUGUGUCGCUCAGACACCAUCACAGAGAAGCAUUUUGAGGCUCUCGAGGACGUGGGCUUGGACCGCGAGGACGCCUGGGACAUCGCUGCCAUCACUGCUUUCUUUGCCAUGUCCAACCGACUCGCCCACCUCACUGACAUGAGGCCCAACAAAGAGUUCUACAAUCUGGGUCGCAUUCCGCGAGUCAAGAACAAAGCCGAGGAUGAAGGCGAGAAAUGACUGCUGCCAUUUCUGUUGUUCACCUCAAGAGAAAUUACGCACUCAGAGAUGGUUUUCCGAAUUGAAACGAAUCAAACUGAUGAUUAUCAGGCAGAUGAAGGAAUAAUUCAUCUGUUUUCAUAGUUUUUGUCGAUGUUCGUGCCGAAUGUCUGAGAGAAAGAAGCUGAGAAUCAAAAUGAUCAUGUGACAAAACAUCACCUGUAGGUAGAUGAGGAUUAUAUUCACAAUAAUAAAGCUAAGUUUGAAACAAAUAUUUGGUGUUGAUCCCUAAACAAAAUGAUGCUAAGUGAAUGGGUUUUUUUUCUUGUUUGUUUAUGAAAUAAGUCAAACUUCAGUGAAUGAGAGAUUGUGGAGUCAAACUGAAAUUCAGGUGAAAUGUAGUCUAUAUAUAGAAUAUGUAGAUCUCAUAUUCUGAUUUGUAAAUCAGGAAUUUGUCAUGUUUAAAGAAGGAGACGACCUCAGGAGAGGCCAGACCAUGUCUCACUGGUAAUAACACACACAUUUGUGACUCU